AUGUCGAGGAGGUCUGCCAGAAAAACCAAUAAAGUCUCAUACACAGAACUGGUAGAAGAGCAACCCGAAUCGUCGACCCGUUCAAGGACCGGGAACCAAGCUUUGACAUCAAAUGGACGUGAAUCGGAUAAUAAUACCAACACCGGCGCGGAUGGGGAGACAACAAGCUCGGGGCCGCCUUACCAUAAUGCCAACCUAGUCCAAACCGCAGGUGUCCAGCGAACCGUAGAGCCAGAAGCGAAUUCCGAAAUUAUACCAAAAAACUUCACAACUAAAACCAGGCAUGUUCCCCGUUCGGUUGCUCGCGAAGCAAAUGCGCGCACCAGACCUUGCCCAGCAUUCUUUCCAGACCCUGCAGUUCGCCUUGCUCCUGGGUAUACUAAAACCCACGGGCUAUUUGAAGAGCAAAUUUUGGUUCAAGAGACCGGGGAACGGGAUGUAAUUAGCACGAGAAAGGCUCGGGAUUAUUUGGGGACGAACAUAGGGGCUGGACCCAUAUUGGAGGCCUGUGAAGACUUGGGGUGCUUCAAAGAGGCCAAGGAGAAGCGACCUGUAGUCUAUCAAGAUGUUGUUAUUCAACAUACGGAUUAUGAACUCUUACAAUCGAGCGACGUAGCUUCCUUCGUUAACAGCGGAAUAGACACGGUGAAAUGCUUGAUGGGACCACUCGGAGAUCAAAAGAUGGCCGAAAUAGAACUGUUCAAGACACAAAGGCUGGACAAUUUUUGGCCCAGCAGCCAGGCGUUGACGUUCAACGCAGGUAAUCCUGUCUGGGGGCUAGACUGGUGUCCUACAUCGGAAAGGUUUACAGCUGAACAUAAUUACUCACAAUACCUUGCGAUCUCAACCAUUCCACCGACGUCAAAGGAAUCUGCGGGCGCUUUGUCUUCCGCUUCUUCAAAAAGCGCCGUUCAGAUAUGGCGCUUCGGGCCAAGCAAGACGCCAACGGACAAGACAGACUUAGGAGAGGCGUCUUGCGCCUUGGUGCUUUGCCUGGAUGUACCACCAGCAAGAUUGCUCAAAUGGUGUCCAUUGCCUACAAACGACGAGGAUAAGCCUACCAGCGGUACCGUGCGAAAACUUGGCAUUUUGGGUGGCCUUUUUGGAGACGGUACUGUUGGGAUAUAUAAAAUCCCUGAUCCAGAAGAUUUUAAAACCGAGAGUGGGCCUGCGUAUGUUCGAUUAACAAGACCACUGGUACAUCUUGCGCUCCCUGACGCACGUUUUACGUACAUGGACUGGGGAAAUAGCGAGGUUGUGGCUAUGGGAUGCUCAAAUGGUCAUAUCAUUGCAUACAAUCUCAAAUCUUGUAUCCAAGGAACACCUGACCCGCAAGGACUCUCUAUCCUACCUACGCAUUAUACCUACGUACAUCAAUCGCGGGUCCAGUCGGUGAAAUGGAUUCGGCUUCCUACUGAGCCCGAUGAAGACCCACACAUGGUUGUUUCGGGUGGAUUUGACGGGCACAUAUACGUGACUGACCUCCGCCAUCCUGGCGGAAUGCCUGUCAGUAUGUACCGAUGCCGAGAUGUCAUCCAGGCUGUAGCUUUCAGCGCGUAUGGCGCAGGAAUCAUCUCAAACGAACACGAAAACAUGAUCAAGUACACAGGGCUCCAUCCACUCGUACUCGGUCGCGGACACAAUGUGACUGAGUCCCGAGGGCCCAUCUGGGACAUCGCAACAUCUGAUUUGCAUCCCCAAGUCGCGGUCGCGAGUUCGGACGGUACCCUCACUAUUGCCAAUCUACUGAAAUAUGCUAGAAAGGGGUCGGCGAUGCCGUCUUUUAUUCAUACUGCCUAUCGAAUGGACUUCAAUCGCCAUACAAGCGAACUUCGGAUGCUGGACAUGUUAGUUCCUCGUGACCACAAGGAUUAUCGUCAUCUGAGUAAGACUCGGGGAGUUCCGCAGGGGCUAGCGCCCACUGAUGCAACUGCGAGCCAACGUGCAACGGCAGAGCGCGAGCGAGACGGAUUUGGAACUUGGGAGCCUGUGAUUGGUGAGUUUACAUGCAUCAGUCCCCCUUUUGUCGAGAGGCAAUUUUGCCCUACUUCACCGAUUACUCCCAAUGCCAUUAAUAAACAACCACGCGUAGGUAUUCAUUGUGCAGCAUGGCAGCCCAGUCGCCUUGCUCAGGCAGGUGUCUUGGCCUCUGGGACGGCAUCGGGACUCGUUCGAAUCGAUAUCUUAUGCGAGCAAGUAUUCAAUUUGAGACCACAAAGAGGGGAAGGUGCCGACGAUGAUGACGAAGAGGACGACGCGGAUGAAGCCGAUGACGGUUGA